GUCAAUCACACAAUGGGCGCACAAGUGUCGUACGUCAAAAGUGUGUAGUUUUUAUGCAGUGUAGUGUCGAAUUAUCACGGAUAUUUUUAUAGUUUGAUAAUGCAUUUUACUUAUUUCGUGUUAAAAAUUCGAACGUUUUUAUGAUAAUCUUCUGUAGGUUGUUAUUUAAUGCUAAUUUUGAGCAAACCUGACAUGAUGUCCGAAUCGGGUGACGUCCCACAGUCCGCAAGUCCCGCUGAAAGGGACAAACCACCAAGUAGAGUAAUUAUAACCGACGAGGAGGCGAAUUGCCACACUAUACAAGAAUGGCAGAAUUGCUGGCGGCAACAAGAUAUAUAUUUAAAUCAUCUAGAAAGGAAAGCAAAUCAACAUGAAGGGGAGCUGGCAGAUUUACGACAAGCCAACGAGAGGAUCAAGGGACAGCUGUUAGAAUCUCAGCAGAAGGAAAAAACUUUAGUUCGCAAAUUGGCUGCUAAAGAACAGGAGACACAAGAUUAUGUGUGUCAGCUAAACGAAUUAAAAAGUUCCCAAGUUCCGACGACCUCAUCUUUACGAACCGUACUCCUAGACCCGGCUAUAAAUAGUAUAUUGCAACAUCUCCAAUCGGAACUUCAAGCGACCCAAUUAAAAUUAGAAGACACUCAAAACGAAUUAUCGGCGUGGAAGUUUACACCGGACUCCAAUACCGGAAAACGUCUAAUGGCAAAAUGUCGUCUACUAUAUCAAGAAAACGAAGAACUCGGCAAAAUAACCAGUUCCGGUCGAAUAGCUAAACUCGAAAGUGAUUUGGCGUUGCAAAAAAGCUUCUCGGAGGAAGUUAGACAGAGCCAAAACGAAUUGGACUCAUUUUUAGCCGAUUUGGACGAAGACGUAGAAGGAAUGCAAAGCACCAUUCUCUUUCUUCAGCAAGAAUUGAAGAAAGCUAAAGACUCUAUACAGACGCUUCAGAAAGAGAACGCUGCUUUGAAGCAAACGUCCAACGGUAGGGCUAACGGUGACACUAGUGUGUGCGAACGAGAACAGACAGAUUCGGACAGCGAGUUAGAGCGGACACGUGGUGUUAAACGGAUUAGAAGGUCUUCGGUACUAAGUAUCGAUUAUAAUGAAGAUGACACUCUUGUUAUUAAUACAAAUGGCGAUGCCACUAUUUCUUCUGAUCCUGAAUAGAAAAUAUUAAUAUAAACACUAUAGAUAUAUAUCUAAAUUAUAACCUACACUUUGCAUUCUCACAAAUAGGUAUUAAUAUUUUUUUUUUUUUUUUCAUACCUAUUAUAUUUUACACCGUGCCAAAAAAAUCGACCAUUUUAUAUAUUUUUUUCCCAAUAUCUAAUCUCUUGGUGUAAUUUUUACGAGGUGGGGUAGUUAGCCCACACGUUCAACCCUCUGUAGAAGAACAACAUCCCUUUCCAGUCUCCCAAAUCUUCAUCUGGUGCGGGAGGUUACCACCAGAUACCAACGAGGAGGUGGGAAUAGGAAUUGAGAGGCUUGUCCUCAGUAGCAGGGACCUAGAGGAUGUAUUGGCGCAUUACUGGUUCUAUGAAGACCCUAGGCUGGUGACAGAACUGCCUGAGGAGCGGGGGAUGCCCAAGGCAAGCUGGAUGAUGUCAAAGAGGAUCUCCUGGAGAUAGGUGUGGAGACGUGAUGACUAAAGGAAUGUGGUGAAUGAGGACAAGGCUCUUUGAGAGUCAUAGUUGCAGUCUGGUUUUUAAAUUAUAAAGAAAAUAUUAUUUUGGGUGGGAAAACAAAAUGUUGUGAGAGUUUGAGCCUUUGUCUCAUUAAUCCUAAACCAUCGAAAUUAAUGAAAUUGAUUCGGAGACUUGUUUUUAAGAGAAUUUAAUAAUUUACAAAAAAAGAUUUUCAGAAUUUGUUUUUUUAACUUUGGAAUUUGGAACAAUUAGUAUCCGUGGAAAAAUCCUAUUGGAUGGAAAUUUUUGAAGGCAUAUUGAUUCCCUAUAAAACAUUUUUAGCUAAAUCCAUUCAUUUGAAAGUUGUUAAAGUUGGACUGAACUGAAAAUCAUUUUAUUGAUAUUACUUUUAUUUUAUCAACAAAAUUAUGGAAAAUUUGGAAAAAUCAAAAUGUUUUGAUUUAUUAGCAUUGAAAAUGCUGUAGAUUCAAUUUUUUUGGGUGUUUUUAUAACUUACAAAUGCAAUUUCCGAAGAAAAUACCUUUCCGAUGCUAAUAAAUCAAAAUUAUCUUCAAUUUUUUCAAAUUCUGUUAAUAAAAUAAAAAUUAUCAAUUAAAUGAUCAAAAUUUUCAGUUUACUUCGACUCCAACUUUAACUUUGAAUAACUUUUAAAUGAUUGAAUUUAGCUUAAAAUGUUUAGUGACAUUUUUUAUAAGAAAUCAAUUUCCCUUCAAGAAUUUCCAUUGGAUUUUUUUACAUAUACUGAUUUUUCCAAAUUCCAAAGUUAGAAAAUCAUAUUCUGAAAUUAUACCAAUUUUCAAGGCGUCGUUUGAGAAAAAAGAUGGUUUAGAGACAAAAACCCGCUCCAGAAAAAAAAAGUUGCUUUGAUAUACCUCUUAUUAUCAAUAUUGAAGUUUCCAAUUCUCAAAAUUUUCUUCUUAUCCCAAAUAAUAUUUUCAUAUACUUUGAAAAAAAAAUCGAUUUUUUUGGCUCCUGUAAUAUAAAUAUAUAUGUGUAUAAAAAAAUGUGAUAUUUGACAUGAAAAUGCAGUUUCAAACUGUUCAUUAUUAUUUUUUAGGCAAGAGUUAUUGAAAAAACAUUGAUAAAAAUAUUUAUUUAUUUAAAAUUGAAAUUGAUAAAACAAAUUUGAAACUGAUGACUUUUGCCUUCUUUUUCUAUUUUAUUUUCUCCCCCCAAACAAUUUUCAUCCCAAAAUUUGUUAAAAAAAACUUUGGACUUACGAAACAACUAAUUCCUAUGGGAAUAUAUUUUAAAAAGGUAUAUUGGUUUUACGGCGUUUUAGGUGCUAAUUAAAAUGUCAUACUCUAUAAAUAUCUACAGGGGUUUUUAUUUCGGACUACUUCAGUUGUUUGUUUAUAAAUUAUAGUAACUACUGCUUUAAAAUAGUUUUUUAAUCAUAUUAUUUUCUAUAAGAGCUAGAUUUUUGUGAUAAUUUCUUUUUAUUAAAAUAUUUGAUUAAAUGUAAACAUAUUAAUACCUAUUUUGAUAGAUAUAAAAGAAAGUUCAGUGUAAAUGAAAAGUAAACGAAUUGUUUCCCUUUGAAAUUUUCAGAAUAACUUGUAGUAAACAAUAUAAUUAAUUUUAAAUAAUCGAGAUUAUGUACAAUACAGUAUUUGAAAAUAUUUUAUGUGGAAUGUCAUGUAAAAUCACAACGUUGUCUAUAUGGUGAUUACGUUAUUCGUCUAAUAGAAAUUAUUUCGUUAAAGUAUAUAAAUGAGAAGAAAUUUGAUAAAUCUUGAUUUAAAUGGGUUAAAAAUGUAAUUUAUACUUUAAAAAAUCAAUUUUUGUGCUAUAAAAACUUUGUAAAGACAAUAAUUGUUGUGUUACCCAAAUUUCUUCAACGUUUAAGUCAUAUUAUUGUUGUUACUUUCUUCUUUGUGUUCUUCAAGACUAUUUGGCACUUUGUAAAGUAUAUUAUUGAACCAAUGUAACCGUUUCUUCAUUUCAGUUGUCUCCAAAUAAUUUUAUUCACUUUAUUCUUUUUUUCCAUUGAUUAUAUGUCCAAUUGGAGUAUUUUGAAUCUAUAGUUUAUCGAUUACUUCUUCAACAUUUGACAUUAAAAAAUCAAUUUUUAUUAAAACCUUGAAAAAACAAUAAUUGUUGUGUUACCUAAAUUUCUUGAACGUGCAAGUCAUAUUAUUCUGGUUAUAUUCUUCUUUGGGUUCUUCAAGACCAUUUGGCACUUUGUUAAAUAUAUUAUUGAACCAAUGGAACCGUUUCCUCAUUUCAGUUGUCUCCAAAUAAUUCCAUUCACUUUAUUCUUUUUUUUUUCCAUUGAUUAUUCAUCCAAUAGGAAUCUCUUUAAGCAUAUCUUAUCGAAAGUAAGCAAAAAGUUCUUCUUUGAAUCUAUAGUUUAUCAGUUACUUCUUAUUCAAAAACAUUUCAUUUUUAUUCCAAUUAAAUCAUAUUCUUAUUUAUUAUUGAAUUUACAUUGAAAUAUUUGUGUUUCGGAAAAUAUAUUCAAAUGCAGUAUACAAAAUCUAGUUAACAAAAAAAAUUUAAUUGUUUGUUUAUUAUCAUUAUUUAUAUUUUUAUGGGGUUGUAACACUUCUUUAAAGCUAUGUUAUACUUGAAAAAUAUUAAUUUACUGCAGCUACAUCAUUAAUGACAAUUAUACUGUCUUUUCCUUCCAACCUUCAAUAGGUUGCAGGUUCAUACCCGACUCGAAGGACCAGUCAGUGAAAACUGUAUGAAAUUACUACGAAGUAAUCUCUGUAAAUAAAGGGGAAAUUUAGUAUUACUAUUGCAAAGAAUUAUAACUGUCGCAAACUGCAAAAACAGAAUAAUUGAAACUUAUUAAUUUAUAGUUUUAACACUGCAAAUGAGUUUGUUAUUAUAAAGAUAAAGAACUUUUCUAAAUUGUUUAUUAAAAAGCUGGUGACUAAACAAAGCGAACACGUUCUAAUCCCCGAAAUAAAUAUUUUUUUAUUAAAUUGUUGAUCCAUAUUUGCUUUGUUUACUUUCCUCUUUUUGUAAUUGAUGGCGAGAUUGGAAAAUGUAGAUUUUUUAAGUUGUUAAAUCAUAAUGAUUAUUAAAAUGACAAUUUUAUGAACA